CCUCCAGUCACAUUAGCAAUGCCUCGAAUCUCAGACAUGUCCGUGGACCGCUUCCCCGAAGUCCCUGACUUUGUUACACAUUACAUUCGAGACCAAAAUCUUGCCGAUGACGAUGGGAUUCAAGGUCGAACGUUGAUCCGAGUGUGCCUCGAGGAGUUUUGCGACGAAGCGGUCUUGCGAGACACGGUAUUAAUGAAGAGUGCUAAGAAGGACAUAGUAGCAUCAAUUAGGCGUAUGAUUUCAGAUGGCGUUGUGUGCUUGCUACACCAGGAGGACAAACCCAUUUUCAGACUACCAAGGGAAGAAUUGGCUGCUGAAGAUGUAACCACAAUUGUUGUGGAGCAGAGAGACCGGGACGCCGAAGAAGCAGAGACAAGUCUGCUAGAAGAAGACCCACCAGUUGGCGAGAUUGAUGUAGAUAGACAUGCGGCGGGGUACACCGAGAUGAUACGAGGGGCUAGGCCGAUGAUUGAACCUCCAGCAGAAGAAGACAUAAGCACUCCUAGCAGAAAGCGUCGCCGGGUAGAAAUUGCUGCUAGCGAUUCUAGCAGUUGGAAUUCCAUUUCCCUCAGUCCUAUUCGGCAUUCGAAUUCAACACCUCGACGAAGACCUCAGCCCCCUGCCAGCCCACUGUCGGGCUCUCGCAGACGUUCUGCGCCGAUGCAAUACUUCUCUCUAGUAAAAGCCAGAGAUACGAGAGACUAUCAGGCAGAGGAACGAUUGCGGCAGACUUUAUUCAAGCGGGAGAAGAAAGACACAUCUCCGCCGUGGCUUUUACAAGGUCUUGAAGGACUUCGUUCUAGAUACGCCGAUGAUACAUUUGAAGCUGAGAAUGGGAUGAUUAAGUGUUCGGACUGUGGCCGAGAUUUCAAGCCUGCAAAUAAUGGUGUCAGCAAUUUCGAAACCCAUCUAAGAUCCAAGGGACAUCGAGCACUUGUCGCAAAGAGAAUAGAAUGUGGACUGACCUACCAACAGUCUCUACGUACGAAGAAAUUUGAUAUAGAUUACAGCGAGCAACAGAUCCCGUAUAUGGUGUUUGCUCAGAAGAGCCAGCAGACCCUGGCCGAUCUACGGACCAAAUACUUCACUGCCAUCGAAGGUGAUACACACACGCAAUCCAUCAGGUUAAGUUUUCUGGAAAGAAGGCUUGUGGAAGCGGACGAGAGGAAUGUCAAGCAGCGUGAGCACUUUGAGAAAGUUGUGGAAACAUCCGAAAGAAGUAGUAAGGAUACAAAGGACAAGUUUAAUCUGUUAUCGGAGGUUUUGAAGUCGACAGAAACAAAAUGCGAAACCAAGAUCCGUGACGUUACAGACCGACUCGAUUCAUCCGAAUCAAAGAAUGCCGAGCUGCUGAAAAGCAUGAAACAGCAAAUAGUCGCUUUCCAAGAUUCGUGCGAGAAGAAACUCGACGAGACGAAUACAAGAAUUGCGAAGAACCUUCAUAAUCUCAUCAAAUCAGAGCUUGUGUCGAGGACAAAGUUGGAGCAACUUGCGAGCCAAAUAUCUCAAUUAUUUGAGAUAAACAAGAGUCAAGACGAAGAAAUUGCCAAGCUCCGAUCUCAAGCCGAAGAACAAAAGAACGUUGUUCAGAACCUUCACUCGCAAUUGGAAGAAGCAAAGAAGAUUCAAGAAGAGAAUAUGCAGCGGCAAUGCGACAGUGACCAGAGCUUCCGGAAGACGAUCACGGACCAGAUGGAGGCACAUCUUCAACACACAGAGCGUUGCAGUAAGAAACUUGCCGCAGAAAAUCAAGCCGGAAUGAAGUCCAUGGAGCGAUUUAUGUCUGACCGCAUCAAAUCGACUGAAGCGCAGUGUUCUAAGAAAUUCCGGUCCUUAGAGAAGAAGAAUACGGAGCAAAGUUCCAAGAUCGAGCGUUUUGAGCAUGUCAUUCCGGUCAUACUUGAUGAUGCUCAGAAUAUGAGAGAAUAUAUGGAAGAGCUCGGCAACAACAUUGCAGCUGAAACCGACGCUGCCCAAUCCUCAUCAGAUGAGGUUCGACGAGAUGGUAGGAAGACGUCGCUCGCGCCUUGAAUACGAUUCUGUUGGAUAUUGCCGUUUCUGCUAUGUAUGAUUCUACUUUGAGCGAGGUGUUUAGGGUAAGGAUUUGGAUAUAGUUUUGAUGAAUCAUUCGAACGUACAGCAUGUCAAAGAGGAUGACCUGAUGAUUUUUCUGAAUGGAGUCUUGGACAACCAUCCACAUUUGAUCCCACGAACCAAUCAC